UAAAUUGAAAUCAGAGGGAGUAUUUAUUUAUUUCAACAUCACACGUUUGUUGUUACUUAUUUCUUAUUUUUCCACAUUUUUUUGAUGUUGUAGAAUAUGUUAAAAUAGAGCUGCCGGCAACCAAAAUUAUUAAAAAUGAACCUUUUUUGAACAAAUGCACCCGUACACCGUGGCGAGUCGUUAGUUUACCGCUACAAAUUCUUCAACGCCACCCCAUUCAGCUGGCAGCACCACCCCUCCGCCGCCAAAAUCCCCCUUCACCAUCGGAGUUCGCCGUGCAUUUGCUUGCCAAAAAUCCUACUUCAUUAUGCCCGCUUUGUGUGGCAUCAAUAGUUGGACUCUUCCAGCUCGAAAUUGUUUACAGAGGGGAUUAACUGGUUCUAAUUCGCUAAAGUUUUUACCUUUACAAGUUAAUUGUGGGAAAAGAUUGUGGGGUAGGAGAUUGAGGUGUAAGGUUUUGGGGGAAACGGACGAUGUGGGUUUUGAAGUGAGUAGUGCUAUUAAAGACGAUCUAUUUGUUGGGUUUUUUAGAGAAGCAUGGCCGUAUUUUCUUGCGCAUAGAGGAAGCACGUUUGUUGUGUUGAUCUCAGCGGAAAUUGUUGAUAGCCCUCAUUUGGAUCAUCUUCUCAUGGACAUUUCCCUCCUUCAUGGUCUGGGAAUCAAAUUUGUUCUUGUACCAGGAACUCAUGUUCAGAUUGACCGACUUUUGUCUGAAAGGGGAAGUGAGGCAAAGUAUGUAGGCCGCUACAGAAUUACAGACCCUGAUUCACUCGAGGCAGCUAUGGAUACAUCUGGAAGAAUUCGUCUUAUAAUAGAGGCAAAGUUGUCACCUGGCCCUUCAUUGACUGGUGUCCGCCGGCACGGAGAAAAUAGUCGCUGGCAUGAUAGUGUUGGUGUUGCCGGUGGUAAUUUUCUAGCAGCGAAGAAAAGAGGAGUUGUCGAAGGAAUCGAUUAUGCUUCAACUGGUGAAGUAAAGAAGAUAGAUGUUUCUCGAAUUCGUGAGAGUCUCGAUCAGGAUUCCAUAGUACUAUUGAGCAAUCUUGGUUAUUCCAGCUCUGGAGAAGUAUUAAACUGCAACACAUACGAAGUUGCGACAGCUUGUGCCUUGGCUCUAGGAGCAGAAAAAUUAAUUUGUAUCAUGGAUGGCCCAAUUCUUGAUGAGUCUAGCCGACUCAUUCGCUUCUUAACUCUUCAAGAUGCUGAUAUGCUGGUACGCAGACGAGCUGAGCAAAGUGAGAUUGCUGCUAAUUAUGUAAAAGCUGUUAGUCAGGAGGACUUCAAUCAUUUAGGUUACAAUGGUUCCAAUGGAUCACUCCCUUCCCAAAAUGGCAAUGUUUUUAGCCAAAGGUACAAUCCCACAUUUCAGAAUGGCAUUGGAUUUGACAAUGGAAAUGGGCUUUGGUCUAGUGAACAAGGUUUUGCAAUUGGAGGACAAGAGAAACUAAGCCGGUCAAAUGGUUAUCUCUCAGAAUUAGCUGCGGCUGCUUUUGUGUGCCGAGGAGGUGUUCAAAGAGUGCACCUGUUGGAUGGCACUAUUGGUGGAGUUUUACUAAAGGAAUUGUUCCAAAGAGAUGGAGUUGGGACGAUGGUUGCUAGCGAUCUUUAUGAAGGAGCACGGAUGGCCAGGGUAUCGGAUAUUCCUGGAAUAAAGGAGUUGUUACAACCGCUAGAAGAGUCUGGAACAUUGAUCAGAAGAACUGACGAAGAGCUGGUGAAAGCACUGCCCUCAUUCGUUAUUGUGGAGAGAGAGGGCCAUAUUAUAGCUUGUGCAGCUCUCUUUCCUUACUUUGAAGAAAAAUGCGGGGAGGUUGCUGCUAUUGCUGUUUCUCCUGACUGUCGUGGCCAAGGACAGGGAGACAAGUUACUUGAUUAUAUUGAAAAGAAGGCGUCUUCCCUUGGAUUACAAAUGCUCUUCCUACUAACAACUCGCACAGCUGAUUGGUUUGUGAGGCGUGGCUUUUCCGAAUGUUCCAUUGAUCAUAUACCAGAGCAAAGAAGGAAAAAGAUCAAUCUCGCCCGUAGAUCGAAGUAUUACAUGAAGAAGCUGCUACCCGAUAAGAGUGGUAUACGUAUCGAUUGCACCUUCGCAUAGGAAUUGAAGGUUUUUCAUCUGUCUGUGUACUGGCGCAGACACGAGCUCAUAUUUAGUGAAGUGGACAAUCCUUGCAUCCAAUAUAGUCUAGUGGUACGGGCGUCUCACACCAAAGGGGUUUCUCCCUUCCUUUCCAUGAUUCCCAAUGUAACUGGAAAAAUAAAUUUGAAACUGGCAAUCUUUGUUCGCUCUGCAAUGGUGGCGCGACAGAAUAAUAGGAGGCUAGCUUGAGAAGCAACCAAUUGUUCCUGACAACUGAAAAUCUUUGCUGUUACUGGCUACUAUUUAAUCCUGAAGGGGAGUACGAUGGGCUUGGGAGUGGGCAUGGAAUAAAAUUUUGAUGUAUACGUAUGCUACUUAGUCUCAAGUUUAUCUCAAUAUUUGGACAGCCCUUGUUUUAUUUUCUGUUGUGUAAUGACUGGCUUAUCGUAUGCCAAAUGCCUCGAGUUUAAUAGUACGGAAUCCCAUUUAAGCUCUAAA